AUGAACCCCGCUACCUCAUCGCCGUCUCGAGCGUCAUUAGUCGUUCAGGGCAGUCCAUGUGCGUGUGAGAAGGAGCUCGUCUCGUUCAGACGUGUUUCUGUCGUGCUCAACACCGCACAGUUCAACCUUACCUCGCGUUGCCUCAUCUCCUCUGCGAGCUGCUUUGCCUCUUGGAGGUGCUCCGGUCGCGAGCUGCGGUCAUACAACGGAGAACAUUCGCAAAAGAUGUGA